GCUAGUAGAAUAGAACAGUAAAGAGAAAGUGGGCGUGGUUCUCUCAAGAAUUUAAAACCCGUAUUCUUGAACUAUGUUCUAUUGAAAAGCAAGAGAAUAAAAUGCUCCCUAGGGAACAAAUGUAUCUCUUCCACAUUUGUGAGAGAAUGCAACAAGGGAGCUUAAUUCUAACCACAGAAAAAGGAUUCUAACCUGAAAAUUGUGUUAAUUACUUGUCAUCAAAAAAUGGAUUUAAAUGAAUUACUAAUUUGGAAUAAUAUUCAACAAGAUCUUCAAGACGCUGAAGAAGACCUAAUAAUAGGUAGAGAAGUAUUACUUAAAAGAGAUCCAUUUAACACUCUUUCAGAUCGUAAAUUUAUUCAAAACUUUAGACUGACAAAAGAAUUAUGUCGAGAAGUCAUUGAUUUGGUGACUCCAUUUAUUGAACAACCAAACCGUAGAUCAGCAUUACCAGUGAAAUUAAAGGUUCUCGCUGCUUUAAAAUUUUAUGGGUUUGGAAGUUAUCAAGAGAUAACAGGCAGCAAUGCUUACAUUGGCAUAAGUCAAGCGUCUGUUAGCAGAAGCAUUGAAGAUGUAACAAAUGCGUUAAAUGAACCUGAAAUUAUGAAUGCUUGGAUUCAUUUUCCCAGAAACAUGGAAGAGUUGGAGUCUGUUCGAACAAGGUUUUAUGAAAAAUACCAUUUUCCAGGAGUCAUUGGGUGCAUUGAUUGUACCCAUAUUGCCAUCAUUGCUCCACCUGUAAACCACCCCAUUUAUCCUGAACACAUUUAUGUGAACCGAAAACAUUACCAUUCGCUUAAUGUCCAGCUUAUUUGUGAUUGUGAUUUAAAAAUUAUGAAUAUUAAUGCUCAAUUUCCUGGUUCUACCCAUGAUGCCCAUAUUUGGCGAACUUCACGUGUGUCCCAAGUGAUGGAAGGCAUAUAUCGACGCGAUCCUGGAAAUGUUUUUUUUCUUAUAGGGGACUCGGGUUAUCCAACACGCCCUUGGCUACUAACACCAAUAAGGAAUCCAGAAACCAGGGGUGAAGAAAGAUUCAACCAAAGCUUUUGUAGCAUACGGUCAAAUAUUGAACGGUGUAAUGGUGUUUUAAAGAAUAGAUUUCGAUGUCUUUUAAAGCAUCGGACAUUACAUAUGUCACCUACAAAAGCUGGUAAAAUUGCAAAUGCUUGUUCUGUAUUACACAAUAUGUGCAUAACAAACAAUAUUCCAUUGCCUGGAGAUAAUGAAGUCCUUGCUGAUAUAGAUUAUGGAAUAUAUGCUGUAGAUAAUGUUAAUGAAGUAGUAAGAGGAGUUAAUAUCGAUUUAGAAGCAGCAAGACAAUUGCAACAAAAUAUAAUAAAUAACCAUUUUUUACAACCACAAUAACUCCAGUAAAUUUGUUUACUUUUACUUUUUUAAAAUAAGGAAAUAAUUUUGUUUAUAGGCUUCCAUGGCUGUCGUUAAUGGUUGAGUGAUUUCCGGGCUGGUUGCCACGUCGUCGAUUUACAACUCGACGUUUCGAGAGACAUAUCAAUCUCUUCUUCAGAAG